AUGGCAAGGUGGCUGCUGGAGAUCUGUUGCUGUGUGUGGAUGGACACCGCCCUGGUAGGAUACUCACAGGAAAGGGCAGCAUCCAUAAUGAUGCACACUGGGCCAGUUGUGACUCUACAGGUUGCCAAGCAGGCGGCAACAUACCAUGGUUUGGCUGCCCUUCUAGAUGAACCACCUUCAGUAGAAAAUACAGAAUUGGAUGGAAUGGCCCUGCUUGCAGCAGCUUGUCUGAACCCAAGAACAAAGGCCCUGAUCCUGUAUGAUGACUUAGAAAGUAGCUCUGGACCCACAGGCUCAUGGGGAAUUAACCACCAUGGAGGUGACAGGAGACAGAAAGAAUACACCCUGCUGAAGAACAGGCAGCUGUACCGCUCCAACCCCAACAUAAUCAACAAUACCUUGGAUGAAGGAGAACCAGUCGAUCCAUUUAUCACAACAGACAAUAAAAUCACUGCAGCCUCUACCAGCAAUUUGCAUGGCUCGGAUAUGAACAACAGGGAAUACCUGACUCUACCGGCCCCUAAAUCUCAGGACAAAAGGACAGUAGCAUUUGAUCUCCCACCUCAGAGGCCCCGGGUUUCGUUCAAUCUAAAUGGACAGGUCUCCAACAAGAGAACCUUGAUGCGACAGGCCUUGUCACAGGAGAACCUGUGCACAGAGAAUGACCACCCCCUACUGGACACAAAACAUAAUGCACCCAAAGAGAACCAGCUCUGGAGAUAUUACUCCUCAUUCCCUAUGAAACCUUGCGUCUCUACACACAACAUCCAUUCAAACUGCACUGUCCGUCUCUCCACUAAGACAUCACAGAGCAUCCACAGCACAGGCUCUGGCUAUUGGAAAACACCUAUGUCAAACAGCCCCUCCUCCACCAUCCAGCCGAUACGCAUAGACAUGCCUGUUACACAACCUGCACACAGCCAGCCACGUGCUCCAAUGAUUACCUUUCAACACACUCCAACUUUAAUGGGCAUAAAGCCGAACCAGAGCCAUGAGGGUAAAGGUCAGACGCACAGCCUUCUGGGCAACCCGGGGUCUCAUCCUCAACUGACAUCUCUGCUUCACCAUACUACAUGUCCUAUUUUAUCUGGCGUGUCCACGAGAAAACUUCAGCCACCACCUACAUCAGCAGCGCAAACCCAACAACAAAAAGCCUUGAGUACAGAGCAGCCUGCCAAGUACCAACUUUUUCCAACCCUGUCCAAAGACACAUCCCUGCAUAGACCGCAACCAGGGACCACCCCAGCACACCAGGACCAGUACUUCAGCAUGAAUAAAGAGCAACCAUCAGAAGGCAACAAUGUUCUAUCUCCAGACCCUUGGAAGAGGGAUGCCCUGGAAAAGCAGCAGAAGCAGCUGAGACUACAGGUGGUCGGCCUGUUAGAAAGGGAGGUCUGUGAUCUGCAGAGUAACACCCAGCUCACACCAGAGGACACCGAAAGGCUUCGGAAACUCAAUCUUGAGUGGCAGUUUCAAAAACGACUGCAGGAGUUCCAAGAGAAUGGAGAUGAUGAUGAAGAUAGGGACACAUCGACAGAAGGAAGUGUUAAAGGAUAUGAUGAACUCGGUGACAAUUUUCAGAAAAAGUGUCUGAAAGAAGGCCAGGAAGAAAACAAUGUCAGAUGUGAUGAAGCCCCAGAGAACCUCACAUUUAAGGAGCGCCAACGUAUCUUCUCCCCUGGAUCAAACACCUCCAAAGUUAAAGACUUGUGA